GCCCAGCUUUAAUGAUGGUCACUUACACACGUUUGGGUCUGAUUCCUUGCCUAAUGCAGCUCCUUAACGCAGCUUCAUGUUGGGUCUGUAAACCGCACCGGAAGCCCCUACUACUACCACCCCUCCCAGACCAGUGCCCCCUCCACCGCCCUGCAGGAAGCCACUGACCCCAGCCCGGCUCUUCUCCCAGAGCGAGACGCAGCCUUGAUUCUUUUCUUGAAAUGUACCUUGGAGAAGCGAAGGGCUGAGAGAUUUGAGACGCAGGACUCCUUGUCGUGCUGCAGCGGAGUGGCCCAUAGCAACCACAGCGAGUUCUUAGCGAGACUGCACCAUUUUCUCCUCGCCCUGCAUAGAGGUGUGGUUGCAAGCGGCAGCGAACUCCCCACCCCCUAGGACUUGCACCGAGGUGGGCUCUUCCUGGCUCCGGUCAGAGACACGAACUGUCUGGAGGAGUCCCCCAAGACCGUUCCAAUUGGUGAUGUGCACCCAAGGCAGGCUUUUGCAACUAGUAGGAUGCUUGUCUGCACCUGAGGCCACCGAACUGCUUGAGGAGUUCCGUCUGUCCCUGGGACCAUUUCUGAGUGACCGCACACACAUAUGCAUGUGUGUAGGUGUGUGCUGCUGAGGGCCUCGGCUUGCAGCCUGGGCACAUUGGAGUGAAUUAUGGGUGCUACAGAGGCUGGAGCAAGAUUAUGACCUAGCUCGCGGAGCGGGGGCGGCGGGGUGGAUGAUUAUGUGAGUGUUCUGGCUGCCAGCCAUUGCUCUGCUGGGGAAAAUCACAUCUCCAUACAGCUCUAAAAUCACCUGUAUUACUGGGGAGUGGAAAGAGAUCGUCAGCUGAUUUCUUCUGCAAAAUGGCUCACGCUGCCGCUUCUAUUAAAAAAGUUCGAGAGGCUGAACUGGAUGAAAAGGAAAAAAAUCUGGAGAGAGAGAGAAAAAAACAACGGAAAAUCCCCAGGGAUCGGAUGGAGCGGAAAAGAAAGUCUGACAGCAAUGCCAGCUUCCUCCGUGCUGCCAGAGCAGGCAACCUGGACAAAGUUGUGGAGUAUCUGAAGGGGGGCAUUGACAUCAACACUUGCAAUCAGAAUGGACUCAAUGCUCUCCAUCUGGCAGCCAAGGAAGGCCACGUGGGCCUGGUACAGGAGCUUCUGGGAAGAGGGUCCUCAGUGGAUUCUGCCACUAAGAAGGGAAAUACUGCUCUUCACAUUGCAUCACUGGCUGGACAAGCGGAAGUUGUCAAAGUUCUUGUUAAGGAAGGAGCCAAUAUCAACGCACAGUCACAGAAUGGCUUCACGCCCUUAUACAUGGCUGCCCAGGAGAAUCACAUUGAUGUUGUAAAAUAUUUGUUGGAAAAUGGAGCUAAUCAGAGCACUGCUACAGAGGAUGGCUUUACUCCUCUUGCUGUAGCACUCCAGCAGGGACACAACCAAGCAGUGGCCAUUCUCUUGGAGAAUGAUACCAAAGGGAAAGUGAGGCUGCCAGCUCUGCACAUUGCAGCCAGGAAAGAUGACACCAAAUCUGCUGCACUCCUGCUUCAGAAUGAUCACAAUGCUGACGUACAAUCCAAGAUGAUGGUGAAUAGGACAACUGAGAGCGGCUUUACCCCUUUGCACAUAGCUGCACACUAUGGAAACGUCAAUGUCGCAACUCUUCUUCUAAACCGGGGAGCUGCAGUGGACUUCACCGCCAGGAAUGGAAUCACUCCCUUGCAUGUGGCUUCGAAAAGAGGAAAUACCAACAUGGUGAAACUCCUACUGGAUCGAGGCAGUCAGAUCGAUGCCAGAACUCGGGAUGGGUUGACACCACUUCAUUGUGCUGCACGAAGUGGGCAUGACCAAGUGGUAGAACUUCUGCUGGAACGGGGUGCUCCCUUGCUGGCAAGGACCAAGAACGGGUUGUCUCCACUUCACAUGGCUGCACAGGGGGACCACGUGGAGUGUGUGAAGCACUUGCUACAGCACAAGGCGCCUGUUGAUGAUGUCACUCUGGAUUACCUGACAGCCCUUCAUGUUGCUGCACACUGUGGCCACUACCGUGUAACCAAACUCCUUCUGGACAAGAGAGCCAACCCGAAUGCCAGAGCCCUGAAUGGUUUUACUCCACUGCACAUUGCCUGCAAGAAAAACCGCAUCAAAGUCAUGGAACUGCUGGUGAAAUAUGGGGCUUCAAUCCAAGCUAUAACAGAGUCUGGCCUCACACCAAUACAUGUGGCUGCCUUCAUGGGCCACUUGAACAUUGUCCUCCUUCUGCUGCAGAACGGAGCCUCUCCAGAUGUCACUAACAUUCGUGGUGAGACAGCACUACACAUGGCGGCCCGGGCUGGGCAGGUGGAAGUGGUCCGAUGUCUCCUGAGAAACGGUGCUCUUGUGGAUGCCAGAGCCAGGGAGGAACAGACACCUUUACACAUUGCCUCCCGCCUGGGUAAGACAGAAAUUGUCCAGUUGCUUCUACAGCAUAUGGCUCAUCCCGAUGCGGCCACCACAAAUGGGUACACACCACUGCACAUCUCUGCACGGGAGGGCCAGGUAGACGUGGCCUCGGUGCUCCUGGAAGCAGGAGCAGCACACUCCUUAGCCACCAAGAAGGGUUUUACUCCCCUGCAUGUAGCAGCCAAGUAUGGAAGCCUGGAUGUGGCAAAACUUCUCUUGCAACGCCGUGCUGCCGCAGAUUCUGCAGGGAAGAACGGCCUUACCCCCCUCCAUGUUGCUGCUCAUUAUGACAACCAGAAGGUGGCGAUGCUACUUCUGGAGAAGGGUGCUUCCCCACACGCCACUGCCAAGAAUGGCUAUACUCCUUUACACAUUGCUGCCAAGAAGAAUCAGAUGCAGAUCGCUUCCACACUCCUGAGCUACGGAGCUGAGACUAACAUUGUGACAAAGCAAGGGGUCACUCCACUCCAUCUGGCCUCACAGGAAGGGCACACAGAUAUGGUUACCAUGCUUCUGGAAAAAGGAGGCAAUAUCCAUGCAUCAACCAAGAGUGGCCUCACAUCCUUACACCUUGCAGCUCAAGAAGAUAAAGUAAAUGUCGCAGAUAUUCUCAGCAAGCAUGGGGCUGACCAGGAUGCUCAUACAAAGCUUGGUUACACUCCUUUAAUUGUGGCCUGUCACUAUGGAAAUGUAAAAAUAGUCAACUUUCUUCUGAAACAGGGAGCAAAUGUUAAUGCAAAAACCAAGAAUGGCUACACACCUUUGCACCAAGCUGCCCAGCAAGGCCACACGCACAUCAUUAAUGUCCUGCUCCAGCAUGGGGCCAAGCCAAACGCCACCACCGCAAAUGGUAACACAGCCCUGGCAAUUGCUAAGCGGCUGGGCUACAUCUCCGUGGUUGACACCCUGAAGGUGGUAACUGAGGAGGUCACCACUACCACCACGACUAUCACAGAAAAACAUAAGCUAAAUGUUCCUGAGACAAUGACUGAGAUUCUGGAUGUUUCUGAUGAAGAGGGUGAUGACACAAUGACAGGUGAUGGGGGAGAAUAUCUUAGGCCUGAAGACCUCAAAGAACUUGGUGAUGAUUCACUGCCCAGCAGUCAGUUCCUGGAUGGCAUGAACUACCUGCGGUACAGCUUGGAGGGAGCACGAUCUGACAGCCUCCGAUCCUUCAGUUCCGACAGGUCUCACACUCUGAGCCAUGCAUCCUACCUGAGGGACAGUGCUUUGAUUGAUGACACAGUUGUAAUCCCCAGCCAUCAGGUGUCAACUCUAGCCAAGGAGGCAGAAAAGAAUUCUUAUCGUCUAAGCUGGGGCACUGAGAACUUAGACAAUGUGGCUCUUUCUUCCAGUCCUAUUCAUUCAGGUUUCCUGGUCAGUUUUAUGGUGGACGCCCGUGGUGGCGCCAUGCGGGGAUGCAGACACAAUGGGCUCCGGAUCAUUAUCCCGCCUCGGAAAUGCACAGCCCCGACACGAGUUACCUGCCGCCUGGUGAAGCGCCACAGACUGGCAACAAUGCCGCCAACGGUGGAAGGUGAAGGACUGGCCAGCCGCCUGAUUGAAGUUGGACCUUCUGGUGCUCAAUUCCUUGGUAAACUUCACCUGCCAACGGCUCCUCCCCCACUUAAUGAGGGAGAAAGUUUGGUCAGCCGCAUCCUUCAGCUGGGGCCUCCUGGAACCAAAUUCCUUGGGCCCGUGAUUGUGGAGAUACCUCACUUUGCGGCUCUUCGAGGGAAGGAGAGAGAGUUGGUGGUUCUGCGCAGUGAAAAUGGUGACAACUGGAAAGAGCAUUUCUGUGAAUAUACGGAAGAUGAACUGAAUGAAAUCCUUAACGGCAUGGAUGAAGUGUUAGAUAGCCCGGAAGACCUGGAAAAGAAACGAAUCUGCCGCAUCAUCACUCGUGACUUCCCGCAGUAUUUUGCGGUGGUGUCUCGCAUCAAACAGGACAGCAACUUGAUUGGCCCAGAGGGAGGAGUUCUGAGCAGCACAGUGGUGCCGCAGGUGCAGGCAGUCUUCCCAGAGGGUGCGCUCACCAAGCGCAUCCGUGUAGGCCUACAGGCUCAGCCUAUGCAUAGUGAGUUGGUGAAGAAGAUCUUGGGCAACAAAGCAUCCUUCAGCCCUAUAGUCACUUUGGAACCAAGAAGAAGAAAAUUCCAUAAGCCAAUUACCAUGACCAUUCCUGUCCCCAAAGCCUCAAGCGAUAUCAUGUUAAAUGGUUUUGGGGGAGAUGCACCAACGUUAAGAUUACUAUGUAGCAUAACAGGUGGAACCACGCCUGCACAGUGGGAAGACAUUACAGGAACUACACCACUAACAUUUGUCAAUGAGUGUGUCUCCUUCACAACCAACGUGUCUGCCAGGUUCUGGCUGAUAGACUGUCGACAGAUCCAGGAAUCUGUUUCAUUUGCAUCCCAAGUAUAUAGAGAAAUUAUCUGUGUGCCAUAUAUGGCCAAAUUUGUAGUAUUUGCCAAAUCACAAGACCCUAUUGAAGCCAGGUUGCGAUGUUUCUGCAUGACUGAUGAUAAAGUAGAUAAGACCCUUGAACAACAAGAAAACUUCUCUGAGGUGGCCAGGAGCAGAGAUGUGGAGGUAUUAGAAGGAAAACCCAUUUAUGUUGAUUGUUUUGGCAACCUGGUACCACUAACCAAGAGUGGCCAACAUCAUAUAUUCAGUUUUUUCGCCUUCAAAGAAAACAGACUUCCUCUCUUUGUCAAGGUACGUGAUACAACUCAGGAACCUUGCGGGCGACUCUCAUUUAUGAAGGAACCAAAAUCCACAAGAGGACUGGUACAUCAAGCUAUUUGCAACUUAAACAUCACUCUGCCAAUUUAUACAAAGGAAUCAGAGUCAGAUCAAGAACAGGAAGAAGAGAUCUGUAUGACAUCAGAAAAAAAUGAUGAGACAGAGUCUACAGAAACAUCUGUCCUGAAAAGCCACCUGGUUAAUGAAGUUCCUGUUCUAGCAAGUCCGGACUUGCUCUCUGAAGUUUCUGAGAUGAAACAAGAUUUGAUCAAAAUGACGGCCAUCUUGACCACAGAUGUGUCUGAUAAGACAGGAUCUAUUAAAGUGAAGGAGCUGGUGAAGGCUGCUGAGGAAGAGCCAGGUGAACCCUUUGAAAUUGUUGAAAGAGUUAAAGAGGACUUGGAGAAAGUGAGUGAAAUCCUCAGAAGCGGAACCUGCAUGAGAGAUGAAGGUAGAGUGCAGAGCUCUCAGCCUGAGCAAGAGCUAGUGGAAGAGGAAUGGGUUAUUGUCAGUGAUGAGGAGAUAGAAGAGGCUAAGCAGAAUGUACCUGUAGAAAUCACUGAAGAUCCAUGUGUAGAAGUUAGGAUAGAUAAAGAAUCCAAAGUCAAAGCAGAGAAAGACUCCACUGAGCUAGUGAACUACCUUACUGAUGACCUAAAUUCAUACGAGUGUCCUCAUGAAGAAAAGACACGAGUAGUUCAAGAAAAGUCAGAGCCAAUUCAGUCUCCCGCUGUUGGGAAGGGCUCUGAAAGUAAAGGGAAGACUGUUCCCUCAGAGCAGAAACAGAGUACACAGAAACAGCUCAAACCAAGCUUGGGAAUAAAGAAACCAGUGCGGAAGAAGUUGAAAGAAAAGCAAAAACAACUAGAGGACAGUUCACAAGCAAGUGAAGAAAAAACAGAAUUUAAAAAGGGUAGUUCAGAAGAGUCAGUAGAUGAAGACCGAGGUCUGGCCCCUGAACCUCUUCCUGCUGCAAAGGCCACCUCUCCUUUGAUAGAAGAAACCCCCAUUGGUUCCAUAAAGGACAAAGUGAAGGCCCUUCAGAAGCGAGUGGAAGAUGAGCAGAAAGGUCGAAGCAAGUUGCCUGUCAGAGUCAAAGGCAAAGAGGACAUACCAAAAAAGACCACUCCCAGGACACAUCCAGCUGUCUCACCCUCUCCGAAGUCAUCAUUCUCCUCUAAAACAGAAAGACACUCUUCCUCUUCCUCCUCUACCAAAACCGAAAGGCACACUCCAGUAUCACCGUCAGGUAAAACUGAGAAAUACUCACCUGUGUCACCGUUGGCAAAAACUGAACGCCAUUCUCCGGUAUCAGCAAGUAAACCUGAGAAACACUCACCUGGAUCACCCUCAACCAAAAAUGAAAGACAUUCCCCUGUCUCACCAUUAGGCAAACCAGACAAACGCCCACCAGCACCACAAUCUGGGAGAGCAGAGAAACACCCUCCAGUGUCACCUGGGAGAACAGAGAAACGCCUGCCUGUUUCACCUUCUGGGAGAACCUCAGAGAAGCAGGCGCCUGCAUUAACUGCUGGGAAAAGUGAGAAGCGCCUGUCCAUCUCACCUGUGAAGUCAGAAAAGCAGCUGCCUGUAUCCCCCACCUCAAAAACAGAGCGAAUUGAGGAAACAAUGUCUGUUCAGGAGUUGAUGAAAGCUUUCCAAUCUGGUCAGGAUCCAUCUAAACAUAAAACAGGACUCUUUGAGCACAAAUCAGCAAAGCAAAAGCAGUCACAAGAAAAAAGUAAAGCUCGAGUAGAAAAAGAAAAAGGGCACACAGUAACCCAGAGAGAAACUCAGAGAUUAGAAAGUCAGACAAUCAAGCGUGGUCAGAGAUUUCUGGCAACAGGAGCUUCAGAAUCUAGAAAAGGGUUACAGUCUUCUCCCAUCACUGUUGGGCUUUUUAGAAGAGAAGAUCGAGUUAGAGAAAAGUUUGAGAUAGCUCCCACCUUCAAAAUGCCUGAGCCUGUUCAGUCAGCACCAGGAGAAGAAAUCCAUCAAGUAAGUGAAACCCUCCAAGAACAAGGAGACGUGGAUUUCCAGAUCAGUCCAGACAGGAAAACGUCCACUGACUUUUCUGAGGUCAUCAAGCAAGAAUUAGAGAAUAAUGACAAAUACCAACAGUUCUGCCUCAGUGAAGAGACAGAGGAGGCUCAGAUUCACUUAGACCAAGUACUUACUAGUCCUUUCAACACAACAUUUCCACUAGAGUCUACGAAAGAUGAGUUCCUUCCAGUUCUGUCUUUACAGAGUAGUGUUUUGGAUGACAGUUCUGAAAUCCUCAAGCCUGAAGGAAUUUCAGGCUCACCAUGUGGUAGCCUGAUGGAAGGGACCCCUCAGAUUAGUUCAGAAGAGAGCUAUAAGCAUGAGGGCCUAGCAGAGACCCCUGAGACAAGCCCAGAAAGUCUUUCUUUCUCACCAAAGAAAAGUGAGGAACAAAUGGGAGAGACAAAGGAAACCACCAAGAUAGAAACACUCACAGAAAUUCAUUCAGUAAAAAAGCAUCCUACAACCAAAGACAUGACUGCUGGUUUUGAAGAGCAGUGUGCUAGGGUCACGAAGGAUUCAGAGACCUCUACCAGGCAUUUCCAGAAAGAGGUUACCCAAGACCAGUCCAAAGACUCAUGCCCCAAACAAGAUGAUUGCCCUGGCAACCAUAGCCUAUCAUUAGCAAAUGAAAUAUGCCAGGCAUUUACUGAGGAAGUGUCCUGCAACGAAAGGCAGGUCACACCUGAUAGUUCAGUUCAUAAAACACAGCCCGAUAGUGAGGCUCAGGAUUCCACAACCCCCUCAGAGAUGACAAAGGCCUUCCCACUAUCUUAUGCUUCUGUAAAUACAGGUACAGGAAAUGAACCAAAGUCCCAGGGAGUUAUUAGAAGUCCCCAAGGCUUAGAACUUCCACUCCCUAGCCGGGAUGGUGAGAUCCUCAGCCCAAUGGCUGAUGAAUCAUUAGCAGUAAGCCACCAAGACUCCCUGGAAGCUAGCCCUGUGCUAGAAGAUAACUCCUCACACAAAACUCCUGAUUCUCUGGAACCAAGUCCACUCAAAGAAUCCCCUUGCAAGGACUCUCUUGAAAACAGCCCUGUUGAACCAAAAGUGAAAGCAGGAAUUCCCCUAAGUCACUUUCCUCAUCCUGCAGCUAUUGCCAAAACAGAAUUUGUUACAGAUGUGGCCUCCAUGCGUUGCCGGCUGCUCCGAGACCCUGAUGGCAGUGCCGAGGAUGACAGUCUUGAACAGACAUCACUCAUGGAAAGCUCAGGGAAAAGCCCUCUAUCCCCUGACACUCCCAGCUCAGAAGAAGUUAGCUAUGAGGUCACACCUAAAGCUUCAGAUUCGAGUACACCAAAACCUGCUGUGAUUCAUGAGUGUGUAGAAGAGGAUGACUCUGAAAAUGGGGAGAAAAAGAAGUUCACACCCGAAGAGGAAAUGUUCAAAAUGGUAACCAAAGUGAAAAUGUUUGAUGAACUUGAACAGGAAGCAAAGCAGAAAAGGGACUACAAAAAAGAAUCCAGACAAGAGGAGUCCUCUCCAUUCUCUGACCCCAGUGCUGACUGUUCAGCAGAAGUGGGUGAACUGAAACAGACUGAGAGCAUGCAGGAUGAAAGUGAGGUCCCAGUUUCGGUGACUUCAGAGAGCAGAAAGACUUCUUCCUCCUCAGAAAGUGAAUCUGAGCUGAUAGAGUUGAAGAAAGGUGUUGACUCAGGACUUUUGCCAGAGCCAGUUAUUCAAGUGCAACCUCCUUCUCCCCUUCCAUCCAGCAUAGACUCCAGUUCCAGCCCCGAAGAGGUACAGUUCCAGCCUGUAGUUUCCAAACAGUAUGUUUUCAAGAUGAAUGAGGAUAUUCAAGAAGAGCCAGGUAACUCAGAAGAAAAAGACUGUGAAUCUCAUUUAGCUGUUUCCAUCAAUGAUACUGACAGGUCUUAUGAUAAUCUGAGCAGGGAGACUUGUCAGUCAGAAACCAGUGAUGGCCAUGGGUGUAAAGCUGUGAGUCCUAGCAACCCAGCCACUCUUACCUCCUUAGGAGUUCAGGAUGAUAAUAUUGAUGAGCAGCUAGUCAUUCAUAAAGAGUCACUAGCUCCCCUGGACACUCAUGAAAAUGACCCAGAAGAAGAACAGCUUGAUGCUCCUGGAGUGAAAUCUCCAGAAGUAGUUGUUUGCCACAGGGAAAAUUCUUCCUGGUCCCCUUUGCCUCACUGUCUAGUGUGUGACAGAAAAGAAUUAGAUGAAGAAGUAUCUUCAUCUUCUGCUGUAAAAGUAAAGGUCACAAUAACCGAUCAAACUUUGGAGAGCAUGUCAAAGGACUGUUCCACUCAAGACUCGUCUACUACAGCUCAAACAGAUGAGUUUUCUGUGGAUGUUCCAGUGUCUGAUUUAGCAGAGAUUGAUGAAAACGCUGAUCCUCAAAUCACAAGCCCUUAUGAAAAUGUUCCUUCUCAGUCAUUUUUCUCUAGUGAGGAUAGCAAAACCCAAACAGAUACAAGUCAUACCGCAAGUGUUCAUUCUUUUGAAGUGUGUUCUUUUGCUGUCAUACCCUCUGUGGAGGAUGUUGUCGUGACAGGCUCCUCUAGUACAGCUAUAUCAAGGAAAGAAUCUAAUUUUAAGGGCCAGGACUUAGAAAUAGAUUCUAAACAAGAAAGUGCCUUGUGGGAAAUGCAGUCAGAUAGAGUUUCCUCAUCUUUAGAGCCUAGUACUCUAAACACAUCAGCAGCCACUGGUAAGCAAAUAUGCAAAGUGACCAUCACAAAAACUGACAUGGGUUCUGAUUCCUGGAGUGAAAUUCGUGAAGAUGAUGAAGCCUUUGAAGCUCGAGUGAAAGAGGAAGAACAGAAAAUAUUUGGUUUGAUAGUAGAUAAGCAGUCACAGGGUACCACCCCUGACACCACUCCUGCAAGGACCCCAACUGAAGAGGGGACCCCAACAAGUGAACAAAAUCCAUUUCUCUUUCAAGAAGGAAAAUUGUUUGAGAUGACCCGAAGUGGUGCUAUUGAUAUGACCAAAAGGUCCUACAUAGAUGAAAGUUUUCACUUUUUCCAAAUUGAUCAAGAAUCUAGUGACGAAGCUAUCUCUGUCCACAUGGACAUGAAAGAUGGGACUACUGGGGCUGAGCCUUCACAGCUGGAUGCUACAAGGGAGUCAUUGAUACCUUCAGCAUCCAAGGAAGCAGUAGAUGGUGAAGGAGAAUUACUUCCUGAUGAUCUGAGUGAGGAAAUAGCUGCUUUAGAUGCUAACCUUAACUCUGAAGUGAGGAUGUCAGCUUCCACUGGAAUACCCAUGAAAGAGGCCAUGUUUACAGUGACCAAGGACCUCCUCACCAAACCUGUGGGCGAUAUGCCUUCUCUGUUCAGUGUGAAGCAGAAACCUUGCCCUGCCUCCUCCGAACCCAUUGUUCAAGUUCAGUUAGACUUUUCCACAGUCACCAGGUCCAUAUAUUCAGAUCGAGAUGAUGAGUCACCUGAUUCUUCUCCAGAGGAACAGAAAUCUGUGAUUGAAAUCCCUACUGCACCCAUGGAGAAUAUGGCUUCUGCUGAAAGCAAAUCCAAAAUUCCCAUAAGGACUAUCCCCUCUUCAGUCCCAGCCCCUCCAUCUGCAGAGGAUGAGAGUACGUUUUCUGAAGAUUUCCCAUCUGGUCUAGAUGAGGAAAAUAAGGAGGAUGAAGCAAAACCAAAGUCCAAAAUCCCCAUCAAAGUGUCCUCCCAUAGAGCCGAGUGGCAGCUCUCCUAUCCAGACUCAUCUCUUCAGAUGACAGUAAUUCCCCGAGGACAGGACAUGACAGGCAGAGCACCAGAGAGUAGAAGCAAAUCUGAAUCUGAUGCUAGCCCUUUGGAUGCUAAGACCAAAUGCCCAGUAAAAGCCAGAAGUUACAUUGAGACAGAAACAGAAAGCAGAGAAAGGACAGAGGGGUUUGAGUCAGAAGCAGAAGGGCCCAUAAAGUCAAAGCUAUUUGUAUCUCGAUUGCCAGUUAAGAGCAGAAGCACCUCAUCUUCCUUCAAGGGGAACACAAGCCCCACGAAAGAGAAUAAGGAGCAUUUCUUUGACCUUUACCGAAACUCCAUAGAAUUCUUUGAGGAGAUUAGUGAUGAGGCUUCCAAGUUAGUAGACAGACUCACACAGUCAGAAAGGGAGCAGGAACCAGCUUCAGAUGAUGAAAGCAGUAGUGCCCUGGAAGUUUCAGUCAUUGAAAAUCUGCCACCUGUUGAGACCGAACACACAGUUCCUGAGGACAUCUUUGACACAAGGCCCAUUUGGGAUGAGUCCAUUGAGACUCAGAUUGAACGCAUCCCUGAUGAAAAUGGCCAUGACCAUGCUGAAGAUCUGGAAGAUGAACAGGAGCGGACUGAAGAAAGGCUGGCCUGCAUUGCUGAUCACCUUGGCUUCAGCUGGACAGAAUUAGCAAGAGAACUGGAUUUUACUGAGGAGCAAAUUCACCAAAUUCGAAUUGAGAACCCCAACUCCCUUCAAGACCAGAGCCAUGAACUUUUGAAGUACUGGCUGGAAAGGGAUGGGAAGCAUGCCACAGAUAUCAUCCUCAUUGAAUGCCUCACCAAGAUUAACCGGAUGGAUAUUGUACAUCUCAUGGUGACCAGCACAGAACCUCCCCAGGAGCACAUCAGCCACAGCUAUGCGGAAAUUGAGCAGACCAUUGUGUUGGACCAUAGUGAAGGGUUCUCAGUACUUCAAGAGGAGCUCAGCUCUGCAUGGCACAAGCAGAAAGAGAAGCAAGGUGCUUCUGGGGAGAAUGAGUCCCGUGACCAUCCGCCCAUCGUCUCAGAAGAAGACAUUUCUGUUAGUUAUUCUACGUUUCAGGAUUGCAUUCCCCAAACUGAAGAGGACAGCUCAGCAACCGCAGUCUCUCCCCAAAUGCACAAGGAGCCAAUUCAGCAAGAUUUCUCAGGGAAAAUGCAAGAUAUGCCUGUCAAUCAGCAGGAAUACUUUGUGACAACCCCAGUAACAGAAGGGUCAGAGACUCAAAAGGCCACAGCAGUUUCUGGCUCUCCCAGCAAGACUUCUGAAGAGAUCCAUACCCCUCCUAAGGAAGAAAGUCUGUACCUCCAGACUCCGGUGUCCAGUGAGUGUGGUGGCUCUCCCAUUGUGCAAGAACCUGAUGAGGAUUCUGAGCCCAGAGAAGAGAGUUCUCCCGGGAAAGGCAGCCUCCUGAUAGUGGAGUCAGUCCAUGACCAACCACAGGCCUUCGAAAGACUUGAUGGUGAUGCAGCAUUUCAAAAGGAGCUAACAGAGGAAUUAGGGGAACUGGAGGCCAGCUCUGAUGAGGAGGCCAUGGUAACUACCAGGGUUGUCCAUCGGAGAGUGAUUAUCCAGGGAGAUGAUAUGCCUGAUGUUCCCCCAGAAACUGUCACAGAAGAGGAAUACAUUGAUGAGUAUGGACACACUGUGGUGAAGAAGGUUACCCGGAAAAUCAUUAAGCGGUAUGUAUCUUCUGAUGGCACAGAGAAAGAGGAGAUUAUGAUGCAGGGAACACCACAGGAGCCUGUCAACAUUGAGGAUGGGGACAACUAUUCCAAAGUGAUAAAGCGUGUGAUAUUGAAGAGUGACACCAAGCAGUCAGAGGUAACAUUGUCUGAACCCAGCAUUUUGUCCAGUACCUCACAGUUUCAGGCUGAACCAGUAGAAGGCCGUAGAGUCAGUAAAGUUGUUAAAACAACAAUGGUACAUGGAGAGAGGAUGGAGAAACACCUGGGCAACUCUAGCUUAGCCACUGACCUUCCUUCAGCCAAAGAUGACUUUGAAGAGGACAACAAUGACUAAAGCCAGCACACAGAAGAGGGCUGUGGUGAAGGACCAGCAGGGGAAACACAUUGACUUUGAGCAUCUGGAGGAUGUACCAGAAGCACUAGACCAGGAUGACCUCCAGCACGAUCUCCAGCAACUCCUUCGCCAUUUCUGCAAGGGGAAUGCAAAGCAGGAGGCCAAAUGAGGGACUGCCCAGUUCUUACAGAAGAAACCACACACCCACUUAAUAUGCAAUUUCCCAUUUUCUUACAGGUGCCCUAAUUAAUGGAAUCCUCUGAUAUCCACUCCUAACAAAAACAAAGCAUUUUGUUUUGCUUCUCCCCAAUUCUCUCUAAGCUAAUUUGUGACCAAAGAUAACAUCCUUAAUUCUGGAUACUGUAUCCACUACUUUGUGCAUCCAUGCUAACCUGGGAACUGGCACCUCCGUUGUUCUUUGCUUUUACACAAGCUCAAUGAAAACCCAUUAAUCAGAAGAACUUCACCUGCAGACCUCUUCAAGUGGGAGAAUCCUUUCCAUGGAUAUCCAUGUACAAUGUAUAUAGCUGAAAUGCUCAGAUGAACAACAGAGUAAAACUAAAACCACUGCCUGUUAUAACUACUCUGGGCACCAUGGAAUAAAAGCCUCUAGAAGUUGCUGAACAAUGGUUAAAUAUUGUUAACACAAUUGAAUGACAAUGCAAAUACUUCAGACCUACACAUGUCCUUAGCACUUCCAGCAUAGCCAUUGCUCCUUAUCUUGAAGGAUGGUUCCAAGGAGCAAUCUCUGGUGCUGGUCAGCCAUCAUUAAUGGCUCUCCAACUGCCACUUUAAGGGAGAGGGAAAAAGGAGCAGAGGUAAGCAGAUCAAAACAACGAGGUAUUCAGGUGGUAGAAGCUGCAUGGGAGGCAUUCUAGCACCUUCAGGUCCUUUUGAUCAUUGGCAGGGUAUUUUAAAAGCUAUAACUACUGUAGUUUUCCAGUCUCAUUGCUGCUUUAGCAAACCGCACUGUCUUACUGGUGGUACUUUCUUCUGGCCACUUGCACUGUAGAUAAUUAAUUGGAAACAGGAUUUAUCCACCACACAAAAACCUGAACAUCUCCACCAUGUUGAAGUAGUUUCUUUUUUUUUCCUGUCCCCAUUACAGUUUAUGUUUUCACUGAUACUUGCAUGUGACAUUGAAACACACACACACACACACACACACACACACACACGAGACACACAGAGAUAUGCACAUGCACACACACAAAACACACACAGAGAAAAAUCAUUCUUUUACUCACACUAAUGGUUUUCAAUCUUUCUCCCCACAGGGAGCUCUUUUCACUUUCCAGGUAGGUCUGCUUUUCAGCAUGCAGACAAUAUCGAGAAAUCCGGGGAGAGUUUGGUUUUGGCUAAUUUUUUUUGUUUUUUUUGGUUCAUUUAUUUGAAGCCCAAAUGCCCUUGGAAACUCUGAAGUGCAUUUGUGCACUUUUCUGUUUGUUUCAAAGAAGGGACAAUAACAAUCUGAGUUAUCCCCAUUUCCUAUUUCCAAUUUCUUGAGUGAUUGGAGCUGUGUAGCAUUUUAAUAUAUAUAUAUAUAUUCACAAAUAUAUUCAUAAAAGCAGUAUACAUUUUGAAUCUGUUAUUUGUUAAUGUAUACUCAAAUGAAGAUGAAGUUUAAAGACAUAGUCUAUCCUCCAGGGAUUGAACUCUUUCCAGUUCCAUCUGGUUUCUUCCUGUUGUGCAAAACUGAUUCACUGCUCCUAAUGUCCAAAACAAGUAUGACAAGUAAUGGCACUUCAUCAUUUAACAUUGCCAAGAGAGAAAAUUUCCUGGGAAGGAGGUUUUCCCAUAAGCCAAAUCUCCUGCACCUCCAAUGCUAGCACUUCCUGGCAGUUACAUAGGAACACAGCAUUGUGUGGUAGCCAAAGGAUGGAGGCCCAUGGCAAACUUUAUGAGACAUGCCAUGGCUAUCUUAUUAAACCUUCACUGGAGCUCAAGAAAAGCCUUGCUGUUGUGUUAUUUGCAGUGCAGAUUCUGUCUGUGUAGCAACAUAAUGGUUAUUCGCCUUUUUCAGUUUUGAUUUUUGCUGUGUUAUCAAAAAACUUGAAUACUGUGAGAAGUGAAUUUCCAGUUGAUGAAUCAGCAUCUUGUUCCCAUGGUGAUAACACUAAUUGAAUAUAUCUAUGAGGGCAUGUAUUAGUUAUUGGAAAAAAUACAACACAUUAACAAUACAUAGCUGCAAUGUUGUACAAUGGCUGAUUUAAUUAAAUAAAAUGUACAAGUGUUAAACGUGG